UAGAAGUCUGCAUCAUGUACAGUUAUUGACGUAAAAGCAUAGGCCAUAGAUACACUUUCAUUUUGUUUUGUGAAGUGGCCAUCAAAACCUAGGACCAAAGAGGAAGACAGGAAAAAGAAGCGCUCAUGGCAUCAGAUGACAGGUUUACAAACAAUCUUGUACUUCGAUCAGUAAGGGCCGAGGCACAGAGGGCGGGAUGUGCACCGUCUCUUCCUGAACCGCAGCCAAUGAGUGAUGAGAAGGAGGAGCUCGUGCUGGAUCAGAUGGCUGAAGUCAUCAGAGCCAUCGGCGAUCAGGUCGAUCGGGAUCCAAAAUUUAAGAACAUGGUUGACGAGUUUGCACGAGUGAUGGAAAGACAGAGUUUUCAGAGGCUUGUAGACAAAGUGUUUGUUGAUGGCAUCACCUGGGGGAAAAUUGUUACUCUGAUCUGUGUUGUUGGAAAAGCAAUUACAAAGAUUCUUGCUUAUGUCUCAGGAAUUGUGUCUUGGACACUGGAUUACUUCAAGGAUAACUUGUUGAACUGGAUCUGCAAUAGAGGAGGAUGGAUCAAUAGUAUCUCUUCCUUGGCUCGUUACUCCUUUGAGCAAGAUUUCGGUUCCUCAUCCAGCCUGAUCUCCCUCUCCUCUGGAGUCCUCUUUAUCAGCGGAGUACUGCUGGGUGGCCUCAUCGUCUGGAGACUAAACAGAGGUGCCUGAGGAGGGUCAGUGGAGGAGUGAUGAAGCAGAAGGAUUUACAAAUACAACUGAAUAACACAAACGUGGUUUGGUCACCGAAUAUAAGAGAAGAAAAGGCUUUAUAUUGUAAUGCACAAAGUGUGUAAAAUAUGAUAAAA